UUCUGAAACUUACUCGUAUUUUUCAAGGAAUGAUAUCAUUCUUCGCGCUUUUUAUUAUGCUAAUGACCAUUAUAGUUCACGUAUCUCUGACAAUACAAUUUCAAACGAGUGACUCAUCGAUAAUGCAACCGUACUAUAACGCAUUUGUUUCUCCAUAUACAUUGAAAAACGACUGCAAUGCUAAUACAGUAUAUUGCUUCAAUAGUGAAGAUUGCUUUAAUAAAUGUUCUGUAUUUUAUAAAAUGGAAUUCGCAUGUUUGAAAGGCGUAUGUAAAAUCGCUCAGUCAGAAGAGCUACAAAACAAAUGCAGUUUAGAAAAAGGAGUUGCUCCGUAUUUAAUAAGUGUACCGGAGUUGAGAUCUCUAGAUUGGCUAUGUAAAUCAAUAGAUUUAGGCAUUGUAAAGUAUGACAAUAAAAAGAAAUAUGUCAACGUUAUGUGCAAAGGAGGAACUAUUUCAACAAAUUAUACUGAUGGAUAUCCUCAACAACACGAUUGUACUUGCCCUAUCUCAAUGGUAUACGGAAUAGUGCCAGCAACAGAUCUCAAACGACAGCACGUUGAGUGUGUUGCGGAAAAUAAUCGUUGGAUCUAUGAAACUAACCAAUUGAUUUAUAAUAGAUGAACGAAAAGUUAUCAUUAGAUUGUCGGUACAGUAAUAUUACACUGUUGUUUGUAUGCACUUGAUAAUAUUGAAGUUUGUAUUAUGAAGUAGAAAAGAGCUUUUUGUAUUGAGUAAUUACAAAUACACUCGGCUACCCUAAUACUUUUCUUUUAUCAUAAAAGCAAUUGCCAACUGAGAAAGAUUUUUUUCGAAAAAAUUUUUUCAAUCAGUAAUUUUUGAAAGAUGAGUCGUAUUC